UUGUUUUUUUUGUUGCUCUGUUGAUUUCUUUGUUUUAUUUUUUUGUUGUCGUCGUUUUUUUUUUCCCAUCCCCAUCAUCAUUUUGUUGCCAAGGUAACCAAGAGCUCAGACAGCAGCCCGGCGUUCGCACAUCUGAGGACGUGUGGCGAGUUUCAGUGUCGUCAUGACAACAACCUAUCGACCAAUGACGUCAACAGCUGGAGUGUUUCCAGGCCAUCGAUCCGACCCCUCGCCGACCCCUGACAGGAAAAGUGAAAGAGGAGAAGCACAGGGCCGGACUGGAAAAGGCCUCCGGGCGUCGGAAGGGGUUCCUGCGUCAUGGCAGCCAUCGAUCUGGAGCGUGGGCUGGAGCACGGCGGCCGGGGCUGGGGCCCGAGAGGCCGGAGCUGAUGGACAACUUCGACUCGGAGAUGCAGGAGUGGGAGGAUCAGCUGCAGGACAUCCAGAGGAAAAUCGAAGAGCUCUACAAUGAAGUUCAGGCCCGCAGAGGAGCGAACGACGUCGCCGCUGACAACCAGAGGAACGGCGUCCCGCUGGAGUGCGGAUUGGGUCACCGCGGUGACGCCCACCCCGCUGCUAUAUCGGUGCCACAUCACUAUAGCAACGGCUACGGCGCCAACGGCUACCCUCCCGCCGGUCGUCAGAACGGCUGCUCCUGCCGCCACCCCAGCGGCGUGUCCGAGAUCGGAGACCUGCUGCAGGAUUAUCUGGGAAAAGGCAAACAGACGAGCCGGAAGAACAACGGCGCUCGCCACGUGCACUUCAGCGACACGAUCAGAGUGAGUCAGGACGUCUCUGAGAACCACGAUGCGUUCAGGAGAGCGUCCGGAAACGAGAGGCUGGGUCCGGAUCAGUUCCUGGGCAGCUUUGAAGAGACCGAGAACCGGAAGAACCGAGUGUCUCACAUGAAGAGCUCCCCCAACAAAGAGAACGCCGGAGCCAAGCCGCCUCUCGGACAGCGGGACGCUCCGGUCGCUCCACCGACUCGCUCGCAGCUCGAGUCCCCGGCUCUGGACAGGAAGUCCUUCGGCCCCGGGGUCCUCGGAGACAGGAAGUGCGUGAGCCCAUCUGUGCUCAGGAAGUUCGGCGCCAUGCUGCAGGAGAACGAGGGGAAAACGCUGACCGAGUCAGGGGUGGUGGCCCCACAGGGACCGGAGCCAAAGAGCCCCACGCCCGGCUGUCAGCGCCGAGGGGCCGCCGCCAGCCCCGGCAGGCUGCCCGGCCGCGUGCCUGCCCAGAAAUGCCAGGCGGACUGCGACGUGCUGACAGCAGAGCUAGAACCCAGCCAAGAGCGGGGGGCGGUGGACUCCAGCAGGCAGAGGGGGUCCAGAGCGUCCCAGCAGUGGAGGUCACCGUCCACCGGGAGCCCGAACAUUAGACCGAGGACCAACAGCUCUGCCGGAGACGGAGCCAGGAGGCCGACGGAGCCCAAAAUGGACUACAGGGCGUCAAGUCUUUCCUCUGGAGCUCAGAGGAUGCACAGAGGAGGGCUGGCAGCACCCGAACUGAGGGAUGAAGGACUUAUCGAGCUGCUGGACAUGCUGGAGAUCCAACACGAGUUCAGCUCUGGACCCCGGAACGGAUACGCCGCCUACAGGCAGGAGGUAAAUUCGGCUGAAAUGUCUCCAGUCAGACCUAAGAAGAGCUUCUCUCGUCCGGCCCGACCGGCCAAUCAGCGGCCUCCCUCCAGGUGGGCCGCUCGAACCCCCGCUGCCAGAAUCGCCGCCCCAUCGGGCCCCAUCUACCGGCCCCCGAGCCCCAUGACGAGGACCCCCAGUCCCGCUUCCAGGCGGCGGAACCUCGUCCCGUAUUCCCUGCAGACUGAAACGGUCAUCAUGUAAAUAAGGAGGACGUUCAGCUUCAUUUCACCAGAAAACAUUCUCCAGUGUUGCUGUGGCUCUUCCCCUUUAUCCGCCUUCCUCCUCCUCUUUCUUUUCUCUCAUUUUCUAUUGGAUUUCCGGUGUUUUCUGUGUAACUGUGAUUCUGAGCAUGCAGCCCCGGGUCUCGAGGUCGCAUGAAUCCUCACUGCCGCCGCCUUCAAUCAGAUUCAGCCUGGAGAGAAAACCCCAGCAGAGGGACGGGUGGGGGGAUUUUUGAGUUGCUAACUGUCGGCAACGGCGUGUUUUCCUGUAUCAUAAUGUCCAAAAAUAUAUUUAAGAUGUCCGAGGUGAAUAACACAGCUGUGACAGACGACUAUGAUUAUGCCUUUAAUGUAUUUUUUCUGUUUCUUGGUAAUAAACAUGACAGUGCUUUGA